AUGGGCGAUGGGGGCGCCGAACGCGACCGCGGCUCGGCGCGCCGGGCGGAGUCUGGAUGCAGCCGUGGGUGCGACCGGGACCACGGAGAAACGGAAGAAUUUCGAGCUGAUGCGAGUGGCCAAAGCCCAAGGGAGGUUGCCAGGACCUCAGCCUCCAGCCCCGCGGGUUCCCGGGAAAGCGGGGCGGACAGUGAUGGGCAGCCCGGGCCCGGCGAGGCAGACCACUGCCGCCGCAUCCUGGUACGAGAUGCCAAGGGAACAAUCCGGGAAAUUGUACUGCCCAAAGGCCUGGACCUGGACCGCCCCAAGCGGACCCGCACCUCCUUUACUGCUGAGCAGUUGUACCGCCUGGAGAUGGAGUUCCAGCGCUGCCAGUAUGUGGUGGGCCGUGAGCGCACAGAGCUGGCCCGCCAGCUGAACCUCUCAGAGACACAGGUGAAAGUAUGGUUCCAGAACCGCCGCACCAAACAGAAGAAAGACCAGAGCAGAGACCUAGAGAAGCGGGCAUCGUCCUCUGCCUCCGAGGCCUUCGCCACCUCCAGCGUUCUGCGGCUUCUGGAGCAGGGCCGGCUCCUCUCUGUUCCCAGGGCCCCCAGCCUCCUGGCACUGACCCCUGGCCUGCCCAGCCUGCCUGCUGUCCACAGGGCCACCUCCUUGGGUGACCCCAGGAACUCCUCCCCUCGCCUCAACCCGCUGCCCUCAGCCUCGGGAUCCCCUCCACUGCCACCCCCUCUGCCAGCUGUCUGCUUCGCCAUGGCCCCGCUGCUAGACCUGCCUGCUGGCUACGAACUGGGAUCCUCUGCCUUCGAGCCCUACAGCAAACUAGACCGCAAAGGAGGCAGCCCUGGAUGCAGCAGCAAGAAAGCUACCACUUAA